AUGCAGGUUACGUUGGCAGGAGGCGCCGCACACCACCUCCACCGACUCCUCCGGGGCGCAGAGAGCCGGACCCUGGCCCGGCCGGCAGGCAGUUGGCCGCUCGGGCCUCAGCGCUGCCUUUUCACCCCUGGCGAGGGGCCCGCUCCCUCCCGGGCGCCCUCGAGGGCCGCUGCUUCGGCCCUCGGGACCGGGAGCCCAGAACAAACAGCUCCGCCGCCGCCGACAGCGAACUGCCGUCACCACGCACGUACGCGCACCGCCCCCGCCCACUCUGGCGCCGCCCCCUUCUCCACCCACGAUCCGGCCGCGCGCCUUACUUCCGUGGGAAGCGGUGCGCGCGCUUCUCGCCCGCCCGCCCCAAACCCCUACCUCUCUCUUCCUGACCCUGCAUCCGAGGUGACGGUAGAACGGGACGUAAGGCGUUUCCUUCCUCUGUCCGUCCGUCCCUCUCCGCUCGCUCACCGGGCUGACUCCGGUCUGUGGGGCGAGGGGGGUCAGACCGAGCUUGAUGAUCGCCGGGAGGGACAGCCCAGAGACAAGCCUCGAUCCUGCCGCUUCAGGGCCGAGAGCCCACCCAGAGGAAUUGAUCGUUGGCGCUGGUUUGUCCAGCACCACGUGCCCUCUUUUUCAGUCCGGCCAGUCACGAUCUUGCUGGGACAGAUACUGCAUCGAGUAGGUGGACAAAGAAGCAGCGUACGCCAUGAUUCUUUACAAGCAGGAACCAUUGAGGACCAUAGUGACCACAACCCCCCAACUCAGCAGGCGGUUGCCUCGGUAGCCGCAGCCACCUCCACUACCCGCCUUCGCCAGCUCUUUUCAGGAUUCCUGCUGGGCCCGUGCACUUUGUGUGGGGCCCCAGGUGGUUCUUUGAUCAGACAUAACCCCAGCCGGCCUUCCCCGACCUGCACAUAUGGAAUGAGAACCUGGGUCUCCCGAUUCCCAGAGCAAUGCUAUUUCCCCCUGGACCGACAGAAGGGCGUUUUCCAAAUACCACCUAAUUAGUCGAGGUGCAGAGUUAAUAAAGACGGUCAAGCAUUAUUCCUUUUCUUCUUCCUUAACUUUACGUUCAUGGGACUGUACUAGGUAGCUUCCUUUGUGUUGCCAUAGCAUUGAAUGCCUCGCUGCCUCCCAUCACCCAGAGAUAAUUUCAUGUUGAAGAGGUGGUCUAACCUGAACCCAGAAGAGUCAUUCCUAAUCUGGAGACCCUGUCCCCUCCCCCCACACCCAGGGAGCAGAUUUGAUUCAAGAGCUAAACCUGGAACAUAGGC